AUGUCUGAUACUACUAUGACCCAAUCCGAGCUUUCAGAGAAUUUGGACGGCCUUGCCCUUUUUCAGCCAAAGGCUGAAAAAAAUAAAAUAAAAGGACAAGUAAUUCGUUACUCUGGUGAAAAUUACUUGACGG